CAUACAGAUUGAAACAAAUAUAUAAUUUGCAAAUAUACUUAUAUCAUAACAAUCAUUAUUUGAAUUUUACAAAACCACAUGAUAUUUUAUUUGAAUGACGACUACGUUAAAAUUUCAAAUUAAUUAUGGCACAAAGUUUUGUUUCAAUUAAUUGUGGAUUACGAAAUUUAUUUCUAAGUUAAAUUUUUAUAGUUACAUUUUAAAUUUAAUAUUUUCCUGGAUUUAAAAGGAAAACAUGUCCUGUGCUAUGGACUUGCAGACAAAAAAGGAGUUAAGGGAUGAAGUACUAAGGAAAGAUAAAAAUUGCCUCGAGAAUAUCCCUUGCUUUCACAAUGCUUUUCUUUUUGCUGUUGGUGAAAGAUACUGCUUCCCUCUAGCUAAUCAAGGAGAUUUAAGCUUUCCCUUGACUAUUUCUUCUAUCAACAUGAAGAAUAAACUAUCCAAGUAUUUAUGGAAUUUAAGAUGCUUACCAAUCACAUCUGACUCAAGACUUUUUUUAAAUUUAAGUAAAGAUAUCAGGAACACUUUAAAGAAGAUGAAAACAGGAAGUGUCUUUAAAUGUGAAGCACUAAUUUUGAAUAAUAUUUUAGGCUAUUUUAGUUCACUACAUCACACUGAGAAACAUAACUUCAUACAAAUGAUUUCCAAUCUCCUCAGCUAUCCGAACAAUGUGAAAUGGAUUUCAGCUGAAAAUGAAUUUCUCGGUGAGAGUGAUGGAUUGAGAUUACUUUUAGCUUUUUCAGUGGGAGCUGGAGAAACUUUGAAAUAUUUACAUAUAUGGAAUUUCAUGAAAAACCCUGGAUUUAAUUCUUAUUCACAUAGUAAUGAGGGUACUUACAGUUUUAGCCAGUGGAGAAAAAUUGCAGCUGAUUUAUUGGAUUUGGGAUUAAAGACAGGUGUUUGGGAUAGCAUUGUAACACCUUUGUAUAUGGGUGAUAUUCCAGAAGAUUUUCGUUACUUUGCUUAUUAUUUAUGUCUUUGUAGAUUAAAAAAUUUGAAUACUUUGAGUAUCAAAUACAGCAUGCUUGCUGGUGGCAAAGGCGAGAGUUUAUGUCAGUUGGGAUGUAUCAGAAAUGGAAGGUUGAGGAUUUUAAACUUGUUAUGCACGCCAGGAGAUAUGCCACAUAAGACUUCGCAAUUAAUUUCUAAUUCGUCUUGGAUGAAAGCUCUGGUUUAUUGUCCACUGCUUAAAGUUAAUUUGGUAAUAAUUCAAGUUAUUCGCUUAGACGAGUUAAAACAUGUUCUUCAAGAAAAAAUGCCAUUGCAUGGGUUCCACCUUUCUUGCAGUGGAAUACCAAUAGAUGGGAGGGAAACUGAUAUAUGGUUGCUUGGUAACACACUCAAUCUUAUACGGAAUUACUAUAAUAAAACAUUAAAGCGACUUACAUUGGAACUUUUGUAUACACCUUCCUAUAUUGAUUCUUCUGUCAUUAAAUUGAUAUCUACAUGUGUACUUCUAGAAGCAUUUGAAUAUCGAGGAACUUUUGAUAAUAUUAAGACAGUUCAAGAAAUUUGUAAAUUUUAUAUUAAACAUGAUACUAAGAUAAGGAAGCUUUAUUUGUUGAUCAGAGAUCAUUGCUGUCCCGACUAUAAUAAGAAGACACUCAAAAUAUUCCAAAAUGCUUAUGAAGAUUAUUUUACUGAUAAAGGGAUUGAUUUUUUAGUAAGGUCUUGCAAAAUAUGAAAAAUAAUAAAAGGAAGAAUUGCAUAAUAUACAUAUUUAUUUUUAUUUUAAAGACCAAAGAAUCCAUCAACAAAAAACAAACCCAUGUGAAAUGGUUCAAGUCCACCCAAAAGGACCGAUGAUAAAAAUGUGUGUUACUCUGGACCUUAUGAAAUUAAUUAAGGUAAUAAGACUUAUCAUGGUAUUUAAACAUUAAUUUGGUUUUUAAUGAUUAUCACUAUUGUGAGUUUUAA